UUCAUUGAACAUAAUGCUACCGCUACCUUUACACCGGCCUUUACAGAACCAAGGCUUGAAGCCAAAGAGCCGAGCUUACAUCUUUUUUUAAUGCUAUACGCAUCCGGAACAAAACGGGAAAAAAAAGGCGUCUUGACAAUUAUUACAGCGACAAAAUUGGACACCUCAUUUUGGAGUGUCAAAAGCCUAAUAUUCGAUUCACAACUUGUAUCUAUCCAACAAAUUUUUUUUUUCUUUUUCUUUCUACGAUUCGCCUUUGCCGCACUGGAUUUUUCCUUUAUAGCGGGGAGUUUUUUGUUCUCUUUUUUUAACCCACAGGAUGAGGAGUUUGGGAAGCGUGUCCUUCGUAUCAGAGGCAUCAGUACCGGCGCAAAGAAACUUGUAUGGAGAGAAGACCGCAUACAACGCAGUGGCUUUUUGAUUUGUUUGGGAAGAAUGAAAGACGGGGAGUUAUUUGCGAAAUUUUUUGAUGGAAAUGAGAAGGAAACGACGCUUGACGAAAGAAACACCCUGAUUAUGAGAAGGCUCGCUUUGAAGCUGGAUCUACUACGCAUUCAUUCGCUACUGGGACGGCAAAGGAAGAAUUCCGGUUGUCUUUUUUUCUUUUUUGUUUUACGGUGGACUUGGGAAAGACUUUUGGGAUGGGAGAACUCCCUCGCGGACCUGCUAAAAAUUGCUGCCGCAACACGUUUUAACUAAGAAGAGAAGAAGGCCGGCUUCUAAGCCACUGCCUUCAAAACCAAAUAUACGUUUUAUCAGACAUCAAUUACAUAUUUUCCAAUUCUUUGUGAUUU